AUGGUUAUUAUGACAGUGAACUGUUCGAACUGCCAUCAAGGAGCGAACUGUCGACUGCCCCAGUGCUCAUGCACCUCCUACAGCAGCCCCCUGCCCGUCAAGGACACCCCGCAGAUAAUCUUUUACGGAUUUGACGAUGCCCUGAACGGUCAGAUGGCCCAGCAUUAUCGGAAGUUGUUUUCUUCUGAUCGCAAGAACCCCAACGAUUGCCCGAUAUCGAUGUCACUGUACGUCCAGCACGACUACACGGACUACAGUCUGGUGAGGGAGUUCUACAAGAAGGGGAUGGAGAUAGGAGUCCACAGUGUGACUCACACCAACAUAGACACAGAGGCGAAACUCGCAGACGAGGCAGAGCACCAGAAGAGUAACCUAGCCCAACUAGGGAGUGUCCCAAAAGAAGAAAUCAUUGGAUGGAGAAGUCCGAAUCUUGAGACUGCGGGAGACACGCAGCCGAUGACAUUGAAGAAACUUGGCUACACCUACGAUAUUUCUUUGACAUACACUGUUAGAAAACGGCACGAGAAGAAACCGUGGCCCUAUACCAUGGAUUAUGGUUAUCCUUAUUACUGUGAGAUACCGCCAUGCCCAAAGCCAACAUCUGGCCAGAAAGGGUUUUGGGAGGUUCCUAUUAUAGCCUUUUUGGAUUAUAAGGGAGCCUAUCCAUGUGCCUAUGUAGAUGGAUGCAGCAAUUCACCUACUACAGAGGAAGAUGCAUUCGAAUUUCUGUGGGAAAAUUUCGAAGACAACUACGAGACACGAACCCCACUAGGCUUCAGCAUGCACGCGGCAUGGUUCGAAAGACCGCAUAAUCUGGCAGCCAUGGACAGGUUUAUAAAAGAAAUGACCAAGAAGGACGAUGUGUAUAUUGUGUCAGUGCAGAAGAUGCUGGAAUGGAUGAAGCACCCAACAAAACUUUCAGAAUUGUAUAAACUGAAGGCUUGGGGAUGCAAAUCUGCUUCCAUAGAUCAGCAGUCAUAA